UCCCCCUUGUCAUUUUAAAUAUAUAAGUGAUGGUUGAAAAUUUUAAAAACAAACUUCAUCAGAAGGGAAAGAUGAAAGCUCUGACACUCCUUCUCUGUCUGUUUCUUACUAACUUUCAAGAUCUAUGUGCACAAUCAUGUGGUGGCCAAAUGACAAAUAGGAGGGGUGAUUUAUCCAGUCCCCGGUACCCUAAUAACUACCCUGAUAACUCACAAUGCACCUGGACAAUUCGUAGCACAGGGAGAAGGACAGUGUCACUGACCUUCAACAGUGUUUCUUUGGAAACAUGCUGUGAUUACAUCAAAGUAUAUGAUGGUCCUUCUACCCACCACCCCUUACUGGGAGAAAUACGGGAGUACAGGAGCCAGUCUUUCAAAUCCAGCAGCAAUGAUCUGACUGUGUAUUUCUACAGUGACGGCAGUUCAACAAGUAAAGGAUUUCAUGCAAACUGGGUCUUUGUAGAUUCCAUUUCAUGCAGGAAUAACUGCGGAUACUCCCUUAGCAGUUGUUCAUGUGACUACUCCUGUCGGUACUAUGGCAAUUGUUGUUCCGACUACAGCUAUUACUGUUCAAGUACAACCAGUUUGCCACAGACUACAACAGAUUACAAUUCAUGCUGGAAUAACUGCGGAUACUCCCUUAGCAGUUGUUCAUGUGACUACUCCUGUCAGUACUAUGGCAACUGUUGUUCCGACUACAGCUAUUACUGCUCAAAUACAACCAUUUCGCCACAACCUGCAAAGGAACAUGUGAAUUGUUCCUCAGACAACAUGACCAUUGUCAUCCAGAGGUCUUACCUGAAUUCAGUCGGGUUGAGUGGAAGUGACCUUUAUGUGAAUGACAAUCGUUGCAAACCCACUAUUAGCAGUACCGAAGUUAUGUUCAGAUUCCCACUUAAUGCAUGUGGAACCGUCAAAGAGAUGAUGAAUAGUAAUGUGUCCUACACCAACAAUGUGCGGGCCUCUCAGUCUCAAUCGGGUCAAAUCACUCGUCAGUCACAGUUCCUGCUACGCGUGGGCUGCCAAAUGGAGCCAGACACCAUGGUGCAGAUAUUCUACAAGGCCAAGGAGAACAUCAAUGCCAACAUCACAGGAACGGGCCACUUUGGGGCCAACAUAGCCUUCUACUCAUCCAGCAAUUUCGACCGGAAAAUUUAUGACUCUCCAUUUGAAGUGAACCUGAAUCAACUUCUGUACGUUCAGGUCGCACUAAACAGGCCUGACAACAGUCUGGAUCUCUUCCUGGACACCUGUGUAGCGUCUCCAAAUCCCAAUGACUUCAUAGAUCGCUCCUAUAACCUGCUGCGUAACGGAUGUCCCAGAGACGACACAUAUUAUUCCUACACCAGCGGUCAGCACUAUUAUGCUCGGUUCAGGUUCCAGGCUUUCAAGUUCCUCCGGACUCAUGCCUAUGUGUACCUGCAGUGUAAGGUGAUCAUCUGCCCUGAUAACUAUUACAACUCUCGCUGCCGCCAAGGUUGCCGCUUCCGUCGCAAGAGAUCCCUUGACAGCACCUACCACACCAAUACUGUGAUGCUGGGACCAAUCAAACUCAAAGGAGCAUAGGACAGCUACGCGCUAUCACAGACAGCAUGAGAAGAUGAAGGCAACAGUGAUUUAAUCAUCAGCUUUUUCAUUUCUGAUUUGUAUCAUUAAUCAAAUCACAUUAAUCUUACUAAUGAUGUUUUUUCCUUAAUCCAUUAAAGCAAUUCAUUAAAGCA